CUCUAUCCUUGUCCAACUUUCAGUAAAGAACAAAGAUAGAACGACACUUUCAGCGCGUAAGCGUGUUCCCUGAAUGUAGCAACACAGAACACAGCCAGUAGCCAGUAUCGUUCGUGUCAUCGUGACGUAUAGAUGUUGUGAUUGUUGUCCUGUGCAAAGUGAAAGUAAUUAUUAUCGAUAAUAAUCUUAUAUUAUUGUCAUUAGUGAAUAAAUACAAGUAUCCAGACAAUGUUUCGCAUCACCAAGACAUUCUCGUCAGCUUCCAGGAACCUUAAUAAGGCUCUCGAAGCGCCCUUAGGACCCAGGAUCACACUAAGAUGUUUGGCUACGCAAGCUGCAGUAAAACCGCUCAAAGAAGAAAAAUCGCAGGAAAGUGCUUUUGCAAAAGAAUCUCAAUCCUUCACCAUGAAUCUCUUCCGUGGUCAAUUGCAAUUGAGUCAAGUGUUUCCAUUUCCGGAACCCAUGAACGAGGAGCAAACUGAUACGAUAAAAAUGCUCGUUGAUCCUGUAGAGAAGUUCUAUGAGGAAAUCAACGAUCCGGUUAAAAACGAUCAAAACGCAUGUGUAGAUGAGAAAACGGCAGCUGCUCUCUGGGAACUGGGAGGGUUUGCUCUGCAAGUGCCUCAGGAAUUUGGAGGAUUAGGAUUGACAAAUACUCAGUAUAGUCGAGUCGUCGAAAUAUGCGGCUAUCAUGAUUUGGGUAUCGGUAUCAUGCUUGGUGCGCACCAAAGCAUAGGUUUCAAGGGCAUACUUUUGUAUGGCACUCCGGAACAAAAGGCCAAAUAUCUACCCCGGGUUUGCAACGGCGAGUACGCCGCUUUUUGCUUGACGGAACCGAGUUCUGGUUCCGAUGCUAGUUCAAUACGUUCACGCGCGAUCAAGUCCGCGGACGGAUCGCACUACGUUCUCAACGGUAGCAAGAUCUGGAUAUCGAACGGCGGUAUUGCCAACAUCAUGACCGUCUUUGCGCAAGUGCCUUUCAAGGAUCCGAAAACGGGCGAAACGAAAGAGAAGAUGACAGCUUUCAUCGUCGAGAGGGGAUUCGGUGGUGUUACCAGCGGAUCGCCUGAAAAAAAAAUGGGCAUCAAAUGUAGCAAUACGGCAGAGAUUUUUUUCGAAGACGUCAAAAUUCCGGCGGAGAAUGUUCUCGGCAAGGAAGGUGAAGGUUUUAAGGUUGCAAUGACUAUCCUGAACAAUGGUAGAUUUGGUAUGUCCGCGUGUCUUUCCGGCACUAUGCGUUACUGCAUCAACAAGGCUGUGAGCCACGCAACGCAACGCGUACAAUUUGGUCGUACAUUGAACAAUUAUGGCACCAUACAAGAAAAGUUGGCGCGUAUGACUAUACUACAUUAUAUUACCGAGUCUCUCGCAUACGCAAUUUCUGGUAACAUGGACUUUGGAAGCCAAGACUAUCACUUAGAAGCAGCUAUUUCGAAGUGUUUCGCAUCCGAAUCCGCGUGGUGGACUUGCGAUGAAGCUAUUCAGAUCUUAGGCGGUAUGGGUUUCAUGUUAGAAGCCGGUUUGGAGCGUGUACUGCGCGAUCUGCGCAUAUUCAGAAUCUUCGAAGGGACAAACGACAUUUUGCGUCUGUUCGUGUCACUCACCGGCAUCCAGUACGCUGGUAGUCACUUGAAAGAACUGCAAAAAGCCUUUAAGAAUCCCACGGCGAAUCUAGGGCUGAUCUUCGAGGAAGCUACUAAGCGAGCGACCAGAGCAAUCGGUUUAAGAUCGCCGCCUACUUUUGGGGAUUUAGUUCAUCCGAGAUUGACGGAAAGCGCUGCGCUUUGCUCAAAGAGUGUGGAAACUUUUGGUCGAGUGAUAGAAAACAUUCUUAUUAAAUAUGGACGAGGGAUUGUAGAAGAACAGUUUAUCCUCAACAGGAUUACGCAAGCUGCUUUUGAUACAUAUACAAUGGCAAUUGUGUUGAGCAGGGCGACCAUGUCGCUAAAUAAGAAUCUUCCUAGUGCAGAACAUGAGUUGUUAAUGGCGGAAACUUGGUGCAUGGAGGCAUCCAGCCGCAUUGCAUACAAUUUGCAGCAGGUCAAUUCUGACAAGAACUUGAACAUCUUUAAUAAAUUGAGUAAAAUUUCGAGGAACGUAUGCGACGUCGGUGGGUGCGUACAAUUGAAUCCUCUGGGCUUUUAAGGAUAUUGUAAAUUUAUUUCUUUUUCUUGUAAGAAACGACUUAUCUAAUUUUAUAAUUUAUGCUGGAUAUGAAGAACAAUAGGAAUUGCUCUUUGCAUGAUGAGAAAAGAUAUCAAUUUCAUAAUUCUUUCUCAUAAUUCUUAAUGCAAUUAUACACUGUCGAACAAUAAAGUUUCGAGACUCGCUUCGCAUUUCCGAACGUUUGAUCCGUUUGUGCUGCCAUUUUAGGGGGUUAUUCACAACUCGAUACUCAACACGUGGUGCAAGUUUUAAAUUAUUUAGUUCAAUAGUUAAUGAGAUACAGUCACGCAAAGUUGUAUUACAAAAUUUUGUUUAAAAAUCGGUGUAAUGGAAGGAACACUUGACAACGCGCCAACAUUAAAUUCUGUGUUAAAUUAAUGAAGUCUCCAACAGAAACGUUACAAAUGAUUCAACAAACCUAGUCUUCUGAAGCAAGCUCUUUCAAAAUUUGAUUCACGUUUUUUUUAUGUCAUCUGUAUCUUCGAAACAUUAUUCUUAUGCAUAGCUGACUCUCCGUAGGCUUGUUGAAUCAUUUGUAACGUUUCUGUUGGCGACUUCUCUAAUUUAACGAAAAAUUUAAUGUUGGUGCGUUGUCAAGCGUUCCUUCCAUUAUACCGAUUUUUAAACAAAAUUUUGUAACAACUUCGUAUGACUGUAUCUCAUUAAUUAUUAAACCAAAUAAUUUAAAACUUGCAUCAUGUGUUGAAUAUUGAAUUGUGAAUAACUUCCAAAAAUAGUAGCACAAACGGAUCAAACGUUUGGAAAUGCGAAGCGAGUCUCGAAACUUAAUUGUUCGACGGUGUAUGUAUAUAAGUUGACGUGAAUUUAGUCGAUUAAAUAAAUUAAUCUAUAAAUCUCAAAAAAUUGUAUUUAAUUAAUAUGCAUUAUAAAUUUCAAAUGGCACAUGUACGCGAAAUAAAAAAUUCGAAUUUUUGGGAUUAAAAUAUAAGUGAAAGUAAAAAAGAUGUAAAAAAUAUAAAAAAACGUGACCAAUUAUCUUCCAUAUAAAUUGUUUGUACGCAUAUAAUUUCGAGCAAUGAACAAAGCAAUUAGUAAAUUAGUAAUAUGUAAGGUAUAAAGCAUAAGGUGUAUCAUGUAAAUAUAAAAUUAUGUAUUUUUAAUAUUCUCUUUAUACCUUUACACGAAACGACGAUUCCAAAUAAAUACUCAUACAAAUAU